AUGGCCUCGCAAAACCGCGACCCAGCUGCUGCCAGCGAUGCUGCUGUUCGAAAAGGAGCCGAGACCUGCGGGAGCGCCGCCCAGGGUCCUGUGGGUAAGAGGCUACAGCAGGAGCUGAUGACCCUUAUGAUGUCUGGUGACAAAGGAAUUUCCACCUUCCCUGAAUCAGACAACCUGUUCAAAUGGGUGGGGACCAUCCAUGGAGCAGCCGGCAUUGUAUAUGAAGACCUGAGGUAUAAGCUCUCCCUAGAGUUCCCCAGUGGCUACCCUUACAACGCCCCCAUAGUGAAGUUCCUCACCCCCUGCUACCACCCCAAUGUGGACACCCAGGGCAACAUCUGCCUGGACAUCCUCAAGGAGAAGUGGUCUGCACUGUAUGACAUCAGGACCAUCCUGCUCUCUAUCCAGAGCCUGCUAGGAGAACCCAACAUCGAUAGCUCUUUGAACACACAUGCUGCAGAGCUCUGGAAAAACCCCACAGCAUUUAAGAAGUACCUGCAAGAAACCUACUCAAAGUAG